ACAGUCAAGCAGGCGGCUUCUGGUGGACCAAUAACUGGGCUGUUCUGAAAUCUGACCCCCCUGAGCCUCUUUCCUGGGCGGCCUCUGAUCAGACCUGAUAACAGAGCAGGACUCAGUGAGCAGGAACCAAACCCCAAGAGGAGAGAUCCCAUCAGAUCUGCAAUGGGUCCAUCUAGAGCUGCAGUCAGCGCCACGGUGCUGCUCUUUGUUUCCCUGAGCUCCGCUUGCAAAGAUGAGCACGACUGUCUUCAGACUGAGGUGUCCUUUGCCGACAUCAUGCAAGGUUUUCCAGAGAUGCAACAACCAGAUGGAGGGAUGGAGCAAAAAGAAGUGGACUUGGGAGAUCUCUUUGCUCCAGAUGAGCUCCCUGUCAUCGAGCAGAGAAUGGUGUUUCCACCAUUGAAACGAGGACAUUCUGCACCAGGACUUGACUUGAGACCAAUGGGACGUCCACCCAGUUUUGGGCCUCGUUCUUUUGGUGGCCUGCCUCUGGACUAUCCUGUUCGGUUUCCUCCCGGCCGACCGACGCCCAACAACAUCCAAGCCAUCUGUGUCCAUGGAAACCACCGUCCCCGUUACCCAGACUCUUACUUUCCUCCCUCUUAUUUUAGCAAACAGAAACGAAAGGCUGCAGCUGUGAACAACGCAGAGUCCUGGUUCGACUCGUGCUGCAAGAUGAACCAGACGUUGGGGGUAGAGGGGACGCUGUGUUGCGCAACACUGGCUUGGGAGCAUUCGGUGAAAUUGUUCUGUGAGGAAGAUUCAUCGGUGAAGGAUCGGCUUUACGAAUGCUGCCGGAAAAGGGGCGAUAAAAGACUGAACUGUUUCAGCAAGGAUUCUCCAAACCCCAACUAUGAGGCGACAGAGGAGCUGCCGGUGGAGCCGGUUCGGGCCUCCGCUGAGUUCCACUUCAAGCUCUCCGACUGCUCAAGGAAUCAGAUGACUCCAUUAAGUCUGAGAGCAACAGAAACAACAGAGGAGAUCCCGUCGACUUCCCAGAAUGCAGACAUCCAUUUUCCUCCUGGACGGCCUUCUGCAGACAACAUUGACUCGGUGUGUGCUAACCAGAAGCUUCGGCCUCUUUAUACCACCAAGUGUCUGUCCCAUUCAGGCAACGAGCUGCUGGCUCGUCAGGUGAAGACCAUCAACCGUUUGGAGAAAGGAUUCAAACGUUGCUGCAAACAGAAGAACGGGGCCUCCGCCUGUGCUGACAAGAAGUGGCGGGAGGAGAUGAACAAGUACUGUUCGGCUCAGAAGGGGGAUCAAGCGGAUUUCCACUGUUGUAGGGGUAAAAAGGUGACUGAUAGAUACAGCUGUUUCCAGACCAGUUCUCCAGACCCACACUAUAACAGAACUUCUGCCACUGAAGAGAUCUCGUUUGACAAAAUAUGUGACUUCCACAACAUCAUUAAGACCAGAUUUCCUGGGUUUGCUCUGGAGCCCUUUGUGGAGCAAUGCUGCCCCCUGCCGGGAGAAAACAAGAACAACUGUUUAGAGCAGAAGCUCGAGGAAACAUCUCAGAACUUGUGCUCCUCAAACAAGACUCCCUCUCCAGCUGUUCGACGUUGCUGCAAGAUUCAAUCACGUGAAGGGAUUCCACAGUGUCUGUCCAAAGUCGUCAUGGAUGCCAUCACCAGAGCAACACGUGUCCAGACGCAGAAGAAGAAGAAAAUAUGCCCUAUCCCUUAAACCCAUUGUUACCACUGAAGAAAUUGAGAAACUUGCUCCAGAAGUUGUUUCUAAUCACUGAAGACAAUUAAGCAAUGCAGCACAAAUCCCAUGUUGAGGUCUGAAACAGACAAAUUGUAUUAAAACUAUAAACCUUCAAGCUUCAUUUACUGCCAGCGUAAAUUAAUAUGAAGCAUUGUUGUCUUUAAGAAUCAAACUAAACACCUUCAAAUGCACUCCUUCACAGACUUGUUGAAGUACUACUUUCUUUUCAUUGUUGCUUUUUGCAUACUGCGUUUGAAUAAAACUUGAGAAGUACAACA